AUGUCCACACCUCCCGAGGCGACCGUCGGCACGUUCGAUGGCUGCCGCCUCGACCUCUGGGAGCGCAACUCGGUUCGUAGAUCCACCGACCUCUCCGGGGGUCUCUACGCCUUGCGAGACGCCCCACGUUGGGCGCCAGCUGUCGCUGCCCGCUCGGCCCUUCACGCCUCGGCUAGCUCGUGCCAAGCGUCAGCGACAGGAGUGGGGAACCAGGCUCCGAUUCCAGUUCCGGCCCCGACCCCGGAGCCCACAGAGGACAUAUGUGGUGCGGCCGCUGCCGCCACCUCCGCUGUGGCUUCCCCGGCCCGAGCUCCGCCGCUCAGCAGCGCGGCCGCUGGCCCCGAGCCGCCGCUGCCGCGUUCCAAUGAGGGAACGCCUGCGGAUGCCCGGCCCGGGGAGGUCGGGGAGCGCUCGGGGGCCGUUUCUGGCCCCGGGCCGAGCACUGACAGCUGCGUCUCUUCCCCAGGAAAGGCGCAGGAGGCCCUGCAGGAGCGGUACCAAGUGGGUUCACUGCUGGGGCUUGGAGGCUUCGGCAGAGUUUUCGCGGCCACUUGACUCUUGGACGGCACCCCGGUGGCCAUCAAAAAGGUGCCACAGAACCGCGUCCGGCACUGGGGUGAGCUGCCUGACAGCACCAGCGCACCACUGGAGAUAGUGCUGCUGGACAAGGUGUCCACAGGCUUCCCUGGUGUGGUGCAGCUGCUGGAAUGGCUUGAACUCCCCAACGCCAUCGUGAUGGUGUUGGAGCGCCCAGAGCAGUGUCAGGACCUGCGGUGUUUCAUCCGGGCACGAAGGUUCCUGUCCGAGGAAGAGGCACAGGAGCUGUUCUGGCAGGUGCUGGAGGCCGUGCAGCACUGCACCAGCUGUGGGGUCCUGCACCGCGACAUCAAACCAGAGAACAUCCUGGUUGACCUGGACACCGGCCAGGCAAAAUUGAUCGAUUUUGGCUGUGGCACCUACCUUCAGGAGACAGCCUACACUCAAUUUGUAGGAACCCUGUCAUACAGCCCCCUGGAAUGGACCGACUUCGGGUGGUACCAUAGCGAGGCAGUGACCGUCUGGUCCCUGUGCAUCCUGCUGCACAAGAUGGUCUGCGGGAAGCACCCUUUCAGGAGGGGCAGGAACAUCAGCUGGGGCCAGCUCCUGCUGCCACAACAGCUCUCCCAAGACUGCCAAAUUCUGAUCAGGUGGUGUUUAUCCCUCCUUGGACAGGAGGGAUAUGCACUCCUUGAACAGGCCUUCAUUAGAAGACCUGUUCUGUGAUCCCUGGAUGCAGGAUAUUCAUCAGCCAUAGAAGAAGGGAGAGAGCCAUAGGCACACUUUGAUGCAGGGACCUG